UAAAGUGUGCGAGAAUAUCAUAUCGAAUCCAAACUGACGCCCUCUGGCAUAGCGUCAACUCUAUAGCGCUCUACAGAAAAAAAGGCAAAUGUCUACGGUUGACGCCUUGACGCUAGUUGAUGAUUUUUUUCAAUUUUUAAUCAAUUUACUCGAAAACUUCGUCAUAUAUUCGUGGUUUAAACAGUCUAAUAAUAGUUAUAUUUAAAUAUAUUUACAAAUGAUUUCAAUCCGAGCAUUUUUGGCGCUUAACAACCGUGGUAGGAUUACAUGCAUAUAUAUAAUGCGCGUUUUAUCAUAUUGCAUGUGCGUGAAAGAAAUGUCAGUGUAGUAAAAUGGUAAAAUACGCAAAUUUAUCUCCGCUUUAAAAUGUGAUGCUAUUGAACAAGUGUGGAUAAUAAUUAUUUGUAUUGUGUUUGUGUGUGUGACAAAACAGAAGAUCAAUUCAGUUGUAAUGAAACGAACAAAAGUGUAGUGUCGGUUAGUUAGUAUUUGACAGCCGGCAGGCUCGUCGUAAGUGACUUACAAUUGGCUCCUUAUAAAGAUGAACAGUCGCAGUAGUGUAAAUGAAUCGAAUUUGGUGAAUCUCUCUGGGGAUCUGUCGACAUUAAAUCAAUUGGAUACAAAGGAAUCCCUGGCAUUAAGUUUUCCGUUCGACCAUUUAUACGCAUGUCAUUCCGAGAGUUCAGAUCGACAAGAGGCAAUUCUAGACAAGGAAGUCGAAAUCCCUCUACUAACUGAUGAUAAGGAACUAGUAGCCACUGGGGACCAGUCUUUUGAGGUUAGCAAACUCUCAGAGAGACUUACCCAAGCUGAAAAACAAAAUAAGAGGCUAAAAAGUUUGCUGCUAUAUCAUUUGGAUUUAAUACAACAACAAAACGAACUAAUUACUAACAAGGAUAAAGUUAAUUCAGCAUUGAGACUGGAAAAUGAUUCUCUCAAAUCCAAAGUGAAUCGUAUGGAUAGAAGAAUAACUGUGGGACAGAGACACAGUAUAAGUCCUCUACCUCUUGCGCAUGUGCCACCUUCAAAUGUUAAUCAAACCGUCAAGCUCGAACCCAGUAGUACAGAUUCACAGAUGUGCAAUACUCUAUCAGAGUUUUUGAUACCAGAUAGUAGAACAAAUAGGCCUAGUAGAACAAAUCCUUAUGUUUUCAAUAAUGAAAUUCCAAAAAUCAAACCUUAUGUGUCGGACAGUUUGGAAUUAAAUAGAAUUCCAGAAACAGACGUAGUUAACUACUUACCAGGGGACAUUGGAGGAGGUACAAUUUUGGAUCCAAAUAAUCUGCAAAGAGACAACUUCGGCACAAUGAUUGAGAAUAAGCGGUCAUUUGUUCAGAAGGAAAUCAAGACAGAAUCACGACCUGAACCGCUGUACACCGUCACCUCAAACAGGUUUGGCAACACGGUGAUACAGAAGAUUCAGAGAAGUCGAAGAAGAACUUCAGGUGGUUUAGGCAGUUUGAGCCGGCUUCCGAAAGCGCCGCCUGUUAAACCUGAGCCUGCGGAAAAUGCUAACGUGUUUGAAGAUGACAAAUCGUUUGAACGUUCGUUCAGUGUAAACAAAAAGUCUAAAAUGAUAAAUACGUAUGGUAAAUCAAAGACCUCUACUGUUCCAAAGAAAACGCCACAUUUUACUGGGUCUUUGUCUGAUCGGCUGCAGCUUAUCGAUACCACACCUACUGGGGAAGACCCCUACCAAUUGGGCGAAGCUGAUAUGAGAGAGCAAUCGCCUAUCCCAAAACUAAUGCUUCAAAAAACGAAUCACGGUAGAAUGAAAAUAUGCUCAGAUACGCCAGGAGAAAGUACGAGGCGUACGAUAUACGACGCACCAGCAACUGAAACAAGUACCAAAAUGCCAAAUAAAAUAAGAUUAGAGAAAAGAUACAAUUUGCCAAAUAUAAUUCCGUAUACGGUGACGCAAACGUCUACGCAUACGACUACACAUUCGAUAACGAAGACACAUGCAAGUACGCUUACGACUACGCAUACAUCCACGCAUACAACAAUACUUUCAAGCCCGCAUACAGUUACGCGUACGUCUACGCACACGUCGUCGUACAAGUCACUUCACAAGAACCUCCAAGCGCCGUCACACAAAGCCUCGCACUCAGCUAUGCAUAAAGGCUCGCACUCGGCCCAGCACAAGGCUUCGCAUUCGCCACUGAAUAAGUUCCAGCAACCAGUUCCGCUGACGAACACGUUUGCUGCCCCUGCCGCGUACACACCCACGACUACGGCCACUCAUACUGCACCCGAAAGUAUAACAAACGAAGAGACGUCGCCGCUAUCACCGAUUAAAACACCUUUGCAGCAGACUAAUUUGGAACAAGACAUAAAUUGGCGAAUAAUGUCUGCAUCUCUAGGAAAUCAACCCAGCAUGUGUGAUUUCUCGUACGGCGAGAACUCGAACUUGACAACACCUGUAGCAAAUCUGGACUUGAGCGAGUUCCGAAAGUUAUUCGAAGUGGAUCCAACGGUUACUUCUACUAUAACUCUAAAUAACAUGAAUACUCUAUCUUAUGAACAAGGCAGUGACACGACCACCGGUGAUAAGACUAAAAAGAGAGGAGCACGAACAACGAGUUUGAUGUCGCCUUCUAGCAUGGAGUUUCAGGACCCAACUGGUGAGGUUAAAAGGGGGAUGGACAGCAAACGUGGAAGGAAACGAGCUCUGUCCACUGCUGGCCUUACAAAGAAUGCCAAACAAAAUUUUCCUAAACCAGUCGGGCCCAAGCCCAGGACCGCGAAGGGUAAAGCUGCGUGUCGCGGCAAGAACCCUCCAGUCCCGGGAAUGAUGACGAGGAAGCUGUAUCACACGCAGGUGGGAGACCCGGACGUCUCCUGGUACCUCGGCCUGGACCCCGACGUUAAAAUUGACGACAUCGAUGCUACGGAAGAGAGCAAAGCUUCUACCGUAGAGGUACCGAGGUGGCGUGAAAAGCCAUACACUAGCAGUUACACUAUGGAGGGGACAGAAAACUUGGAUGAUAAAGUUUUCGAGAAGCGACAUCAAAAAUUGGAAGCUGAGGAACGAAGGCAAUUGAGGUGGCAUAUGCGGAGGAUCCGGGAACAGCGCCAUGUGGAGCGACUUCGCUUGAGACAGAGGGAUCCCUGGUACAGUGGGCCAAUUCCCUAUCAGCCCUCGAUGUACACAAUCUGGCCGCAGCCGCAGCGGGAUGUCCGUAUGAUCGAGAUUACGGAUACGAUCCCAGUGAUGGCCUUUGGGGAGAAUAUCCCGGAUUUACCGAGAGCGGACUUUAUGCUGCCUUGGGUGAGGACCUCGAAGGCCUUGAAGAGAUCUAAAAGAUCGAAAACGUUGCACUAGCGUUUAUAGCCCGCCUGACAAUUUGGCGGCAAAAACGCAAAUUGGUAUUUAUAAUGAUUGCUGAGCACUACAGUUCUACGAAUUGUAUAAAACAUCAAACACUCCAAAUGCGACUAGUAAACAAGAAAAUUGGACUAUUUUAGUGAUGCUAAGUAUAUUCUUUAAGUAAUUACUGCAAGCCGCAGUGUAAUUGUAGUUGCAUACAUCUGUUAAAGACUUUAUUUGUUGUUUUAGUCACAAUGUUGUAGUUAGGCGAGCCUGGAGAGACUUGUCGAGAUUUACAUAGUGGUUCUAAGUUGCGACUGUGUACUAACAUGAUUGUAUCUGUGUACCACGUGCUGUGCCGAUAUGAACUAUAUAGUAAUUGAGUGCUACGGUUUGAACGCACUGCAGUCUGACGAUAAAUUCAAAUAGUUGAUGGUUGCCGUAGUAUUUCGUCUGUCAUGAUUUCUAGGACCAUGACUUGGGUAUGUUAACUUGCGUUCAAUAUAAGCUGCUGAAGAAAACAUUCAAAGUUUAGGUCUUUUCUUGGCUACCACUAUUUAUCUCGACUAAGAGACAUUGCCAAUAAUGAUCUUUGUAUAGUUUAUUGCCCCUGCCAAGAGGCGAGGGAAGGUUGGGCAUUUUAGGCAACGCUAUGGUGUGCAAGCUCUCUAAAUCUCUCGGUUGCAAUAGUAAUACACAACUUUUGUAAAUAUUGGAAGAAUCACGGUUUGGCAAGUUUUAUUCAAAAAUUUUAAACAUAUUCGAAGGAUAAGUUCAGAACUUAAGUCGGUAUCAGGUGAAGCAUUUCUCCACUAAUAUGUAUUCUAAAAUUAUUUAUAUUCAAGUAUGAAUAUACUAUACUUUUUUACUCUUCUCUACUAAACUGUAACAUCAAGUUAUAGCCCUUAAAAUAUAAUAUUGCACCAAAAAUAUCGCGAUCCUCGUUAGGUUAUCCAUACAAAGCAAGCAUUUAAUUUCAACUUCGACCCUAUUUCCCCUUGACCACUUAAAUAUUUGUAAGUACUCAACGGAUUUUAAUGCGGUUUUAUUUAAUAGAUAAAACGUUUUAAGUAUAAUCUAUGUAUAUUUUCGUACAGGAACAUAGUCAAUUUUAGCGAUUUCAAAUGUAUUUACUAUUUUUUUUCGCUUUCAUUGCAAACACUGGCUUAACCGCAAGAGAUACUUCAAAAUAAUGUUCUGCAAUGUUGUACACCAUAAAGAGAUCUACAAAAAAGUCUCAGACAGCAUAUGUCUAUCUUUUAAGUUUGACUCACCAUAACCAUUUUUUGGCUAAUAAUUUUAUUCCAAAACUUCUUUUCAAAGCUGUUUUUUUGUUGAGAUAUAUAAUCCACAUCAAAAUAAAUACAACAAAUAUUAAAUUUUUCAAAUUUCAAACGUUUAUUCCAAAGUAUUUUCAUUACGAUGCAGCGACAAUGGUAUGAAUCCUUAUCAAAAUAAAGAACGUUAAAGAAAUUCUGUGGUGUAUAUUAGCACUGCUCGACGCGAAGCCGGGGCGGGUCGCUAGUUCAAGAUAUGUUCGUAAAAGCAAUAACAUUCUUAAUGCAAAAUUAAUUGUUCCAAUUUACCAUUUUAUUUUGUAAUAGUGUAUCCGCGUGAUUUCAGAUUUAUAAAAUCGAACCUCACAAGGAUUGAAUUCAGUUUACAAAAUUAAUCUAUAUAAUAAUGAAUAAUCGUAAAUUAAUCAUAAAUUAAUAUUUAAUGAUGUAUUGAAAUAGUUUAGGUGAAUAGUUAUGAAAUUAAUGAAUAAUUGCGAAAUUACAACAGUUGAUCUAUAUCUAUUAAAAUUUAAUGUUUUGAAUUGCUAUAAUUAUGUCCAUGUAUUUACUGGAAUAAAAUGAUACGUUUGGAUAAAUUCACGCGCAUUGUUAUAUACUAAAUAUGAUUUGUGUUUAAAACUUGCACGUAUAACGCAAGUUUAUUAUUAUAUUUGAUAAUCUUUUGCAUGUGGAGACACGGUCCCAAAUGAAACUAUCAUGAAGUAUUUAUAUUAUGUAUGUAUUUAAAAUUUAAUAUGAACUAUUUUACAUAAACACAAAUUGAUUGAGAAUUUUGAGCAUUGUAUAAAGUUGAACAAAAGCUUUUGAUUAAUUUAUACAUUUAUUGCAAUGCUUUUAUUGUUAGGUGGGUACCUAGCUGGUUGUUUUCAUUAUCAAGUCACAAUAUUUACUAGAUACAAAUGAUUUUCUUUUCGUACCAACGUGCGAUAAAAUUUGCACGUGAAUUCGUUCGUAUAGAUUAUGUAAUCAGUAAAGCGAUAUUCAGCAUAUUCGUGUCUAGGUUAUAAUCUAGGGGAGUAAUGUACUUUUUUGGUGUGUAGAUAAAGUUUUAGCCUAAAGACACGCGGGGUAAGGUAAUCUGUGAUUAUAGAAGACUGGGCAAGAAAUUAUAAUGGGACGCAGUACUUGAUGAUGGGAAAUCGCUUUGCAGACGGAAGCACGUCUUAUGUCACCUGUACAUAAUUCUUAAUUAACCUGUACUGUAUCUGUGCUAUCCGAAUUAGAUAUAUCUUAGUCAUACUUAAAAAAAAAAUGUUUCUCUUUCCAAGGUAAUUGAUGCUAAAGUUGCCAUUUGCAUAAAUUACCUACCUAUUAUCUGUCUAGACGUAGACUAUUUAAACUUUAUUGUGUAAUCGCUCUGUAAAUAAAAUACAGUGAUCAAAUAUUAGUCAUUGCAGUACAGGUUGUAUGUAUAUAGCCUCAUAUUCCGUUAUGUAUAGGUAGAUACGUAGCUGAUUCGAUUAUUGGAUACUAUUCAUGUAUUUACCCAGUAGAUUCAAAAUCUUAAUUGGUAUUACCGAUUGCAUUUUCCGUAAGCACAAUGCAUACGGUUUCGUUCACCGAUGUGUAUUAGUAGAGUGUAAAUACAAAAACAUUCCCGUACCUUAGGCCCGAUUUUUCGAUCGUCAUAUAUCAAAUAAAUCUUCGGAUAUAUACAUUUUGAACGUAUAAAAAUAGGAUAAUUAUCAUUAAUAAAUCUUUAUUCGUAGCAUGUGUAAAAAUGUAAAU